GGCAAAUCAGAGGCGAUCAGCGUGGGGCCCAUGGGGCAAACUUGAAGGCGCUUUCUGUGGCGGAGAACAGGAUUCGAUCCAACUACGGUACCUAACCUUAGAUAUGCUUUGACAGGGGAGCAAUAUAAGAAGCAAGAAGCAGCCCGGAGCGCGCAGCUGUUUGUACAAAGCACGUUUGGAUCGUACUGAACGCCGUUGGCAUAAAGGUUGACAGCAUUACUUACUGCGGCCCCUUUAUCUGUGAACCACCUGCAAAGUUUGCAGGUUUAGAGAAGAGUUUUGGCGCAGGCGCUACACGGGGCAUAAACAAGAAUCAACGUGUUUUUCUAAGCACAUACUUAGGCACUCUCAGUCAAACAAGAGAACAGAGUCCGUGGAGUUGAGGUCUUGGGUUUCUGAGCCAAGGUAGAACAGCUCACACUUGCAUGUCUUCUUAGGAAUGCCCGUUAGUCUAGGUAGAGGCCCUACUGUGCACCUGUAGAUGGUGGUUCUCACAUCAAGUGAGGUCCUGUUCAAUCCGCACAGCUUUCUUUGGUGAAACCGCAGGUUACAAGAGUGAUCAGAAAGGCGACUCUCUUGAAGCAUUGCUGAGGCAGGGUCUAGGCCGGUUUUGCACAAGGGACAUCCAACACAGAUUUGUAUCGAGCAGGUCAGCUGAGGACAGUCUUAAAGGAAAGGAUAUAGGGUGCUCCGCUAGUUGAGCACAUACGAAGUUGCGAAAGUCGAGAAUGAAAAGUUUUUAAGGUUGCUAAAAGUUACAAUUCGAAGCGGGAAUCCCAAUGGGGUCCCCGAGUAGGUGGCCGCUAUUGUGCCUUUUCUUGGCGCUCUGUCUCCCAGUGCCUGGCGGUACUGUUGGAGACGACGGGGCCACUCUGACGGCACUAAAAGGGGUCUUUCAAGGGAGCACGGGCAAUGCUCUGUCCACAUGGACAAGCGCAAGUUUUUUCUGCACCUGGCAAGGCGUGUUCUGUGCAGACACCACCGUGUACAAACUAGAUCUUUCGAACCAGGGUCUCUCAGGGAGCAUAGUGGAUGUUAUGGACACCGUGUCAAACCUUCCAGGUCUUCAGUAUUUAUAUCUUAACAACAAUCAACUGAGCGGAGGCCCAAUUCCGGACUCGUUGGGUCAGAUGACAUCAUUGCUGGGCAUACACUUACAGAACAACCAAAUUGUUGGGGGACUUCCAGAUGUGUUUUCACGCUUGACUUCCAUUACAGAGAUAUUCCUGUCAAACAACCCGCUCGGCGGCACUCUUCCCGCCUCCCUUCAAGCGCUGACGGGGCUGCAAUCCCUGGACAUGAGCUCGACGGCGCUUACCGGAAGCAUCCCUUCCUGGAUGGGCUCCUUCCAGCAACUCCGCCUGCUCUACCUCGGCACUAACAACCUCACUGGCUCGAUUCCCCCCCUCACUGGGCUCAGCAGCAUUAUGGAGUUUUAUGUCAACAUCAAUCAGCUCUCAGGCAGCAUUCCCCCAAGCAUAGGGGGGCUGAAGACGCUCGUGAAGCUGUACCUCGAUAGGAACAGCUUCAGCGGGCCGAUCCCAGCGACCCUGGGGGGGCUUUCCAGCCUGAGGAGUCUGUACUUAGAUAACACUCAGGUCAACGGGACGAUCCCUAGUGAGCUGGUGAAGCUGCUCCCGACGCUGACGGCGCUGGAUCUGCGCUUCACGAAGCUGGUGGGGACGGUGCCGGCGGGGCUGCUGAGCAACGCGAUUGUUUGCGAUGGGUUUGCGCCGUGGGGGUGGCCGGCAGGCUCAGGGCCGACCUGUAUCUUUUCGGGCAACCCCUCCUUGGUGUGCCCCACGGGCUCUGUCUGCCCCGUAACCUCGUCAACGCCGGCCCCGACUCCCAUCCCAGCCAAAAACACCACCAUCCCAGUCAACACCACCGCCCCUACUCCUGGCCUAAACGGUUCAAUUGUGGCCCCCGCACCGGUGCCCGGACAGAACACGACCAUCAUUGCACCCACCCCUCAGAAUGUCACCGUCAUAGCCCCGUCACCAGUCCCUGGACAAAACGUCACCAUCAUAGCCCCUACCCCGGUCGCUGGCCAAAACGGGAGUACCCCUGCGCUCAAUGCGAGCGCCCCUUCGCCAGCUGUGGCAAAUCAGACCCUUCCUGGACAGAACACCACCAUAGUCGUCCCUGGUCCUCCUGGGUCAAAUAGCACCGUAGUCAUUCCUGCCCCCCCUGGGCUAAACACCACUGUGAUAGUUUCGGCUCCCCCUGGACAGAACUCCACCGUAGUGGUUCCUUCUUUGAACCAGACCGUCAUUCCGAUCAACCAGACGACAGGAACUCCUGGGAGCAGCGCAUGCACGUGCCCGGUGAAUCAGACGGCGGGGUUGGGGUCAGUGACCGGACGGUGUAACUGCGUGUACGGAUUGGGAGCCAGCUACAGAUUUGUGGACAGGAAUCUGGUCGACUGGACGCCGAGCUUCCAGACGGCCUUCCUGAACGCCCUGGCGAGCCAGCUCGGAGUGCAGCCGUUCCAGAUCAUCCUGGGGCGCGCCGUCCAGGGAAGCAUUCUGGUGGACACGUCGGUGGUUCCCUUGGUGGGCGAUAAGUUCCAGAUCUGGACCGCGGCCGGGAUCGAGGACGUUUUGGAGGGGCGCAACGGCCGGAGCCUGCAGCUGAACCAAAGCGACUUUGGGAACGUCUUGGUGACGUCAGUCACGCCGCCAGCACAGCUAGACCCAUCAACUGCGGGCUCGACGGUGCCCAACUCUGCGGCUCCUUCGAGUUCGUCUGGAAGCGCUACUGGUGCAAUCAUUGGGGGGAUUGUCGGUGCGAUUGCUGGGGUGUUGCUAAUUGCGGGUAUCAUCUGGGCGGCUAUUGUUUAUAGCAAGCGGCGUCGGAAGUCCCACAGCCAGUCGCACUCCAUGCUCGUUGCGCCUGCGGGCGGCCCCACUUCUGCGGACCCGUCCUUUGAACGGCUCCCCAGCAAGUCCAUCUCCGUGUCCGUCACCAGCUUCCCCAUGUUGUCCAACUACAACGGCGCAAUGUCCUCGUCCCCGCCACCACCCCCGAGCCCCGGCGGCGCGGCCGCCAUCCUCAGCUCGCCCUGGCGCUCCUCCCCGUCCCCCCCCGCCGCAGACUCCAGCCCGCGUAGCUCCACACCCCCCCUCCGCACAAGCCCACGAAAGUCAACCAGCAGCGAUCAUGGGGCACGGGAGCGACUCGAGCGGUCGACGACUGACAGUGGGUACCGGGGGGGAAGGGACACGGUGAGCCGCACGACGCGGCUGCUGAGUCUGCGGGAGAGCACGGAGGUGCUGCCGCCGUGGCGGGAGUUCACGUCGGAGGAGAUCCGGGUGGCGACGGGGAACUACAACCCGGAGAACGUGCUUGGGUCGGGGCUGUUCGGGACGGUGUACAAGGCGCAGUUCGCCGACGGGCGCAUCGCUGCGGUGAAGCGCGCGGAGAUCGCGCCGAGCGUGCUGGCGUCGCGGCAGGCGGAGUUCCAGCGGGAGCUCGAGACGCUGUCGCAGCUGCGGCACCGCCACCUGGUCCCAUUCCUCGGCUUCUGCGAGGUUGCAUCGCGCGAGCUCAUGCUCGUGUACGACUUCAUGCCCAACGGCACGCUGCAGGACAACCUGCCUGGCGGAGCCCGGGGCAUCCUGGACUGGCCCGCGCGCGUGAAGGUCGCAGUGGAGGUCGCCAGCGCCAUCGAGUAUCUGCACAACGGCUGCCGGCCGCCCAUCGUGCAUCGCGACAUCAAGGCGAACAACAUCUUGUUGGACGAAACCGACUCAGCGUACCUGGGCGACUUCGGCUUGGCUACGCUGUACGAUGCGGAGCGGACCCACAUCACCACAGCCAUCAAGGGAACGCCGGGCUACUUGGACCCCCAGUACUUCGCCACCCAGGAGCUGACCCAGCGCUCCGACGUCUACUCCUUCGGCGUGCUCCUCCUCUCCGUCGUCACCGGCAAGAAGGCCAUCUUCUCUGUCCUCGAGCUGUCCCCCUCAGACCCCGACCGUGCGCGCCUCCAACGGCAGGCCAUCGGCAAGGUUAACCUAACCACGUGGGCGGUUCCGCUGAUCCGGGAGGGGCGCGUCGACGCGAUCGCGGACGAGACGAUCCCCGACGUGGAGCGGUACAUGCACGACAUCGAGAUCGUCGCGGAAAUCGCCGCGGAGUGCGUGCAGGAUAUGAGCCAGGACCGGCCGGAUAUGGCGGAGGUGCUGGGGCGUGCUGGCGCUUGUGCAGCAGUGACGGGUUGGGGAGUCAGGGGACCCGGGGGCGGCGGUAACGGGCUGAGAACUUUGGGCAGCACGGGGGCUGACGGAGGAACGAGGCUGAAAGGGCAGAGGGCGUGGGGACAGUCGCAGGAAAAUGCAGUAGCGACGAAGUGCGGUUUUGCGGAGUCGCAGGAGCUGUUCAGAGAGGGGAGUUGGACCUGCGACAUUGGCAAGAGGGUGGGGAGGGUAUCGGCGUUCGUUCAGCAUAAAAAGGGGGUUUCGGUUUGGCUCAAAACAACGGGCGCUGGCGGGUUUGCAACAGACAAGGUUGAGACCGGAUUUGGGUGGCACUUGGGACUUAUGGUAAAAGUGCAGCGGAGAGGAGGGAGAGAGUUCAGGGCCUCGAAAGAGAGAGGUUUGCUGGGGGUGCACCAUCUGCAGUUUCUCCAUGGAAGGGGACGUCACACGUCUUCCAGUGCCGAGUUGAAGGGACUGGGACUUCGAAGGGUUGGGGUUGGCAAGAAUGGAGUGCGACGGAGAAAGACCGUUCUCGUAGAGCACGGUUAUGUCAAUGCUGUGGAUCUUUGUCCAGCAGGUUGGCUUCGGGGAGUGGAGGAGGUGCUGAUAGAGUCCAGGCGCUUGAGUGGGGAGUGGCCUUUUUGAUAGAGCAUGGGCGUACGAGUAAACUGCAAUACGGACUCUCGCUUGGUCGUUAGUAUCACCAGUGCAGAUCCUGGUUGCUUGGUGGACUUUUCGAAAACGGUGAAGUCAAGAAGCCUGCGUAGAAUCUCUCGAGUGGAUGCGCAGAGGCUUAUAUAAAGACGCCGGUUUCGCCAACAGACAGGUCAGAUACUAGAGCUAUGACCUUUGAUAACUGCAAGGAUUAGCAUUCUUGAGACGCGUGAUAAAGAUAAGGCUGCGUGAUGAAGGUGGUAGAUGUAAAGAAUGUUCGAAAGCUUGCGGGUUGGGUGAUGUGUCAUUUAGAUUGCAAGGUACGCAUGCAGUGUAGAUGAAGUUCGUCUUUACUUUCUCGAUUAUGAGUCAUUCAAUUUGUGCAGUUAUUAGCCAAGUUUUUGCUAGUUUUAGCGCAGAGACUCUUGAGUGACUGUAUUUAUGAUUAUAAAGCAUGUGUUUCGACGUAUGCAAAGUGGUCACUCACUUUCUAUAUUUUCACUUAAAUCGAUGU